AUGUACUUCGUGUCGUUGCGAAGGUUAUCUGAGACCAAUGGUAUGGUAAGACCCAAGCCUUGGACGUUUUCACUGAGUACUGACCUCGAAAGCGUUGGGUGGGUGGGCCUUGGACAUACGAUUGCGAAUUGCGAUGUUAUCUUGGGGGCGAUCGCCGAAGAGGACACUACAACUCUUUCCCGCCGAAAACUAUUCACUUCAUCAUCCCAGAAACUCGUAAUCCUGCCUACCGCCAUCCACGAGAACGUCCUCGCGCCUCUGCGUACCUCCAUCGACGCGGCGCUUACGUCCAUGGGCAUCGAUUUGUCCUUUGGCACGUUCCUCACCCAGAUGAACUCCACGCUCAUGGGGCUUGGAGUAGGCGGGUCCACGCAAAAACCCCUCGGCAUCCCAGACUCGCUCGUGGAGUUCCACGACGCUGAUGGUGGACGUUUACAACUCUGGGAUACAGAGAUCACUUUUUCACAAGCAGAAUACGACGCCCUUUCAAAACUGCAACGUAAUGCUAAUCUAAGUAAGGACGUACAGGUUAUCACGCUCCUGUCGAUUGCAGAACAGGAACGCUAUCAUGCGCCAUCACCGUCCUCGACAAUUUCUAAAGAGAUCGGACAGAGGACUGGGAACCGGGUGGUCGAUUAUCGCAAGUGGCUUCGUAGGCGCGACAACCCUGUCUUUGCCGCAGUGACGGCGUUUAAUUACACUUGGGUAGCGCCUCUCACGAUCGCGAUAAAGGUCUGGCUUCGUCACGAUGACGGAGACUUCCACAUGCUGGAUAAUAAUCCUACCCAUUUUGCAGUCGCGCGCUUAAGUCCUGAGAUCGAUGAUGACGGCCUUGAAGCCGUGCAAAAUAUGAUCGCUCGCGCACUAGUGAAGGUGAGAGAUCGGACGCUGUUCCACCUCGAUGUGAUAUUGGGGGAAGAGAGCGAUGAUUCAGGUGAAGAGGACGAAGAGGACGAGGAAGAGGACGAGGAAGAGGACGAGGACGAGGGUGAUGAGGACGGUGAAGGUGAGGACGCCCGUGCCGAGGAAGAGGACGAGUUCAGCAUCGCUCAGGAAUCCGACGCCAGUGACCCUCUCGAGGCCGUUCGUGCGUGGACACCUCCUAGCUCACCUAUGGACUGGGACAACGUAUAUUUCCAUCUACGGAACGCUGCAAGGCAAACUGGCUACGCGCGCUACGCCGCGUGGCACGAGGCCUUGAUUAAGAGGCGCGGGGUCCAGGCAGCAUCUUCCGGAUCUGCCACGCGGAGAAAGAGAUCUAGGCCUGGUCCAGCCUCUUAA